UAAACAGCAACAGAAAUGAACAGUGGGUGGUUUUAAAUGUUUAUUUACUAAAAACUAUAUGAAAUAACUAAAGAAAUGGUAAUUUAUGGAAUUUAUAUCGUGAGCAAGUCAGGAGGACUCAUAUACAACUAUGACCAUAACAUCCCGCGGGUGGAGACUGAAAAAACAUUUGGUUUUCCUUUAGACAUCAAACUAGAAUAUGAAAAUAAAAAAGUAGUCGUAGUUUUUGGACAAAGAGACGGAAUUAAUGUUGGUCAUGUUCUGCUCUCUGUGAAUGGUUCACCAGUCAGUGGUCGCACAACAGAAGAUGGGAGGGAUGUAUUUGAUAUUAUAGGAGUGAAGGACAGCUAUCCUCUAAGCCUGAAGUUUGGCCGCCAGAGAGCCACCACUAAUGAGAAGAUAGUGCUGGCCAGCAUGUUCUACCCACUGUUUGCACUAGCCAGCCAGCUCAGCCCCGUGCCAAAGUGCUCAGGCAUUGACACCCUCACUGCAGACUCCUUCAAGCUCUCCUGUUUUCAGACUUUAACUGGUGUGAAAUUCAUUUUGGUGACAGACCCCAACAUGCAGGGCUCGGACGUAGUUCUCAGAAGGAUCUAUGAGCUGUACUCCGACUACGCCCUGAAGAAUCCCUUCUACUCCCUGGAGAUGCCCAUCCGCUGCGAGCUGUUCGACACGUCUCUUCAUACACUGCUGGAACUUGUAGAGAAGUCUGGAACUUCUAACUUAUAGUCACUAAUAAUAACUCUUUAAGUUGUAGUUAAUGCUGUCCGAAACAGAUAGAUACUUGCAGAUGUUAAACAAAUAACCUUGCAGCUUGAAAAGAAACAAAUAAUAUACGAGCCGUUCAAUAUGGAUAUUUGAUAUACACAAAAAAAGUUCGAUAUGUCGUCCCUUUUUAUUGGAGCUAAUCUUCUGAUUUUUCAAAGCCACAGUAAAAGAAGGCCUAAAGUUACGUGUGUCGUACAGCUCCGAAGUAAAUUGAUAAGUCAAGCAGUGAUGUCCUUUUCACAAUAGUCUGUGAUAAAGAUUAGCACUACUUUUAGACCUAUCAAUUUAGUUUAGUAGGUCACAAUAGAAUUUGCAACAUUCUUGAAAAAUCAGUCCUUCUGUCGAAAAUUUCCAGCUCAGUGAUUGUAAAUAAUUCUUGUUAUUUUAGCAAAUAAGUUGUCUUAUUAUUAAUAUUAAAGCUAUUUAUGUUAUUUAA